AUUUAACAGAACCCGUGAGAGAGAAAUGAGAACUCCAGGUGGACAGACACAGAGAAACUUCAUCAGACUAACCUGGUCAACUCUGUGCAGUGAUGAAGCAAAGCGUGGUUCUGCUUCUGAUCAUUUCAGGACUUGGCAUGCCCUGUUCCUGCCUCUCUCGUCAGUUUCACUUUGUGAACACACGAAAGAACUGGACUGAAGCGCGGAGCUACUGCAGAGAAAAAUACACUGAUCUGGCAGCCAUAGGCAGCCAGGAGGAACUGGAGGCUCUGAUGAAAACAGCCAAUGUGUCUGCUGAUAUGAUCUGGGUAACAUUCUAUGACAAAACAAAGUACUGCCAGAUGUGUCUGACAAACAAAUGGUUCAACAGGAUGAAACUGGACAAUGUGACGAGAUAUAAAGCCCCAUUAUGGCGCGAAUCUUGCUUCCAAGAUCAUUGCAGCAAUGUAGCUUCCUUCAUCUGCUACAACGACAACCUGGUCCUGGUUGGAGAGAAUAAGACUUGGGAUGAGGCCCAGAGGUACUGCAGGCAGCACUAUGGGGACCUGGUCUGCCCUUCCACGGGGCUGCUGCAGCGCUGGGUGAAGAGGAGGACUCAGAAAGCCUCCACUGCUCACGUGUGGCUGGGUCUGUGGUACUCCUGUGCCCCUCCCCAAUGGCUCUGGGUCAACGGGGAUGCCUACGGGUACCAGAAUUGGGGCCCAGGGAACGACAUCCGGGAGUAUGGCCGCAGGGGGGCGGUAGAAUCUGGGGCAGGGCGCUGGGUCAGCCUGCCGAAAACCGAGAGGCUGAACUUCAUAUGCAGCAAAUGUGAAGGGGAUGGUCGGCGCAACUCCGCAGGGAGACAGAGGCUGGUACUACGAGUGAAGCUGAACAUAUCGACGUCUGUCAAUAUGGCUGAUCCAACAGCUGGGGAAGCCAUUUUACAGCAGAUGAAAAUGCAACUGGCCAAUGAUGGGAUUACCAGAGUUGAGCUGACGUGGAGAAAGCAGAAGGAUGGAGAGAUAUUCCACCUGAAGGAUUACAUACGCCCUUGAUUGCCCAACUUGUCUCUUUUACAGAAUUAACGUCCUCUAACGUGUGUGGUAGUAACAGCACGAUAUGUGUGGUAUCUCAACAUGAUAUUUUGGUGAUAUCUUGGAAUUUAAUUGACAUCUCUGUCAAAUUAUCUAAUCAUAACCAUCCCUGAUCUUAUUGUUUUCUGUAGGCUGUAAUACAUAUUAUACUUGUAUUCUACUGCUUUGCUAUUUAAAAACAAAUAAAAUAAAAUUAU